GCCGAGUUAAAACACCAUUAACAGCAGAAAUUUGUGAAUCUACAAAACUCCUGAAGAACAAGUGAACUUCCACUGCAGACUACUGAUGGUCGGCAGGACACUUUAACGAUUUAAUCCUCGUGAUACGAUGGAUAAGCCCCAGAGGAAUCCUGGCUGCUUCACCUCUUAUCAGGUCCCUUCGGUGACACACAGAGAGCAGCCAUGGCCAUGUAAGGGACUGUGCUGCCCACCACAGGCUAUUAUAGGAAGGUAGAAGAUAACAUGGGCCAUACAUAAAACCCACCCCAGCAUCACAUCUCAGCUGGGAGUCCACAUACAAUCACUCGGACAUGGCAAGUAAGAAAGCCUCCAAUAAGAGACAGAGGGGAGGACAAAAGUCUUGCUCCAAUGUCUUUUCCAUGUUCGAGCAGUCCCAGAUCCAGGAGUUCAAAGAGGCUUUUGGCUGCAUUGACCAAGACAGAGAUGGUGUUAUCAAAAAACAGGACCUCAGGGAGACCUACGCACAGCUGGGGAAGCUUAACGUCCAAGAUGAGGAGCUGGAUGAGAUGUUGAAUGAGGGGAAGGGUCCCAUCAACUUCACUGUGUUCCUGACUCUUUUUGGGGAGAAACUCAACGGUACUGAUCCUGAAGACACUAUACUUGCUGCCUUUAAACUUUUUGACCCCAAUGGGACGGGCUUUGUUAACAAGGAUGAGUUUAGACGAUUACUGAUGAACCAGGCUGAUAAAUUUACAGCAGAGGAGGUGGAUCAGGCCUUCGCGCUCGCUCCCAUUGAUCCUACUGGCAACAUCGACUACAAGUCACUCUGCUACAUCAUCACACAUGGAGAUGAGAAGGAAGAAUCCUAACUCCUAAGGACUGUAAUUAAUUUAGUCAAGUCAGUUUUUUUUUACACUGGCUGGAUAUAAUUCAAAAACUUUGAUGGCUGGUGG